AUGCUUAGAGAUUACACCUCAGCCACUGAGUCACGCAAGGGAGCACUAAGUAUCAGACAAAAGGUAUUGGGUGAAGAUAAUGAGAACACCGCUUGCAGCUACCAUGAGCCGGGGCCUACCCAAUAUAUGCUAAGAGAUUACACCUCAGGCACUGGGUCACACAUGCAAGCACUAAAUAUCAGACAAAAGGUAUUGGGCGAAGAUCACGAGAAGACCACUGACAGCUACCAUAUGCUUAAAGAUUACAUGUCAGCCACUCAGUCACGCAAGCGAGCACUUAACAUCGGACAAAAGGUAUUGGGUGAAGAUCAUGAGAACAACGUUGACAGCUACCAUGGGUUGGGGGUGUCUCAAUUUUACCGCUUGAUAGUUAAAACCGCGCGCGCAUCAUUUGCCGGCACUGAUGCUGUAAUCCGAAUCCGAAUUCAAGGAACCCGAGGCGACUUGAAAGAACGAGUAAUAAACGGGAGAUUUGAACAAGAUGGAACUGACCUCAUUGAUAUCUACGACUAUGACAUUGGAUACAUCAAGGGAGCGGAUAUUAAGCGGAAUAAUGCUGGGUUUUUGCCGGACUGGAAACUUGACAAGAUCACCAUCAAAGUCGCCGGUGCAGAGGACAGCAUUUUCAAUUAUUACGACUGGGUCCCCCAAAACAAGUGGGUUGAAUUACCCCUCUCUUGCCCGAAUGGUUCUCAUAAAAAUACCAAAGGCUUCUGCGAUGAAUGAUGUGAAUAAUCAACCUCCUGGAGUUAAAUUUAUGUUGAUUUAUUAAAAGUAAUGCAGAUUACAACGGUUUAUCUGAUUGUUUUCCCUUCCUGGGUUCUGGUUCAUAUAAGUAACAUUUGUUUGUACACUACAUGUCAAUUAAGGUGUUUCAACCCUUUUGAUCUGUAAUA